AGCAAAAAUGAAGUCACUGGUUAUAUUUCUUGUUUUUUCGGUGGUACUGGUGGUAUUAUCAUGUGCCAACGCCGAAAGUUACUCAGUUACUGAAGCCGCUUCGACCACGACAGAAUCUCCAUCAGUUACCCAAUGGUCAUGGACGGACUUCACAAAGUAUUUAAACAGCAGCAGUACAGGAAACAAGUUCUACUUUUUCUUUUAGCGUUGUUUUUAUCUAAAAAAAAAAAGUUUUCAAUAAAAAAAAUGACCGGGGAUUUAUCUACUUGUCAUUCGCAAAAUAUGAAUUAUUUUAUUUUGUAAAAGUAUAAACUUACAAUUUCUUCAAGGUUUGGCAAGAUGUUUGGUACCAGCAUUUUUAAAUUAAUAAAGAAAAUUAAAGAAGCAGUAUUCAACGAAUCAUUGGAAAAGGUUUUUUUAAUUGAAACGAACAGGCAGUUGUUUUUGAAAGACUACAUUUUUUCCUAUCUGGUAUUUAAAAUUGUAGAAUUAAUUAAU